AUGGGACAAUACCCAAUCCCAUUGGGUAUGGGUGGGUGGGGCUUUGAGGAUGAUGAAACAGACAAUUUAUCAAUUUAUGAAAUUAAUACAAGUACUGGAAAUUCCAGACAAGGAGGUAAAGCUAGAGAUCCAGUAUGGAAUUAUUUUAAUGCAAUAGAAAUUCCACAUGACUCUCACCUGUCAGCACAAUGUAAAUUUUGCUUUAAGUCAUGGAAACAUGGUAAACCUUCUGAAUUGAAAGGGCAUUUGGCUCUGAAAUGCCCAUUAGUUAGUAAAGAAGCAAAGUGGAAAUAUUGGAAAUAA